ACUGGCGUGCUACAUACUGCGCUACCGAGGCCAGUUUCAAGUAUGCUCGUCUGUAGAAUAUGAAGUCUUUGAACUCGCCCAUGAAUCUACUGCCGCAUCAACACAGAAGAAGCAAGCAAAUGUACAGGAAAAUAGCAGAACUGAAAGAAAGAAGACAAAGUUGUACAAACAGUUAACCUGUUUACAGAAUAAAAUAUGCUGCAAGAGAGAUUAUUUCAG